AUGUCUAAACCUCCUACCUUCCCUCCCCCAGUUCAUGUCCAGAAUCCAUCCUCAUGCCCUAAUCCUUUGUGCAACAUCAGAGCAUCCCAUGAAUUCCAUCAUCUCAUCCCUAUACCAGCCAUUCCUGUAGGCGUUCAACAGCUGAAGAUAGCCCGGUUCCCACAUCCUAGCCCUUUUCCUAUGGUGAAUUGUUGGAAGCUAGUAUCCCCAGCUGCAUUUGAUCCGGAGGAGGAAUCGUGGGCAUACUUGUCAGAUGGUUAUGGCACGGUCGGAUUGAUGAAGACGCCUAUUGAAAGGGAAGGAUGGGUGCUUUAUGACGCAGAACGGUGGGAAAUCGAAAGUCCUCCUCUCCCCUCGAUGAGAAGCAUCGAUUGA